GCAUUUGUCACACUAUACUAGUAACUUUGACACAGCAUGUGUUGAAAGUAACACAAAAGUGGUGCGAUUGUAGAUUUUUAGUUUCUAGUGUUUUUAAUAGAUUUUUCUUAAUGGCUGCCUUUUCAGUUAAUAAUAAUAAAUAAGUAUGUGCUCACAGAGGUCUGGCGGCUUUGCGUCGACAGGGAUUCAAACCACAAUCAAUUUUGUGCCAGAAUCCCUUGCGCGCCACAGGAUCCCCAUAAGGGUCAUUCCAGGAACAUUCACAACUUGGAAAAGUUUCACGUCUACGCGGCGACACGGUAUUUUGCCUGUGGGUGCAUUGAAAACUAUUUUAAUGUGUUACACGAAUUUAUAGAGCGUUUGUACUUACAUCUCAUCCACACGCUUAGCGUCGCUGUUGACUGAUAAAUCAAACGCGCGUGCUUGUGCCGCAAAGCCGGGUGUGUUCAGCAGACCGAAAGGAGCUCGCGUUUCUCCCCGUCUACAGGCUUCGCUUCUGAUGUGAUUUCCUCCUCGCGGUAAAACCGGGUCCUUUUCUCGGCUACAUUUUUACAUGAAUCCCAGACUUCCCAAAGAUGCCCGCUGUUCUCCUUUUGAAUGCGAAAAUGUCAGCGCGUGCUGUGUCGCCUUUCGGGAGGUACGUUUCGUUUCUCUUUGUCUCCGUUGCUUUGUGGGGAGCUGCGUUUUCAGUCACCCAUUACUCAAUCCCUGAAGAAAUGGAGGAAGGCUCAAUCGUGGCUAAUUUAGCGGCAGAUCUAGGGCUCAAUGUUGGCGUUUUAAGUAAACGACAAAUACGGCUUGAUAUCAUAGGCAAUAAAAAAUACGUAGAGGUAAACAAAAACACAGGAGAACUGUACAUUCUGGAGAAAAUAGACAGAGAAUCGUUAUGCACAAUAAAGACAUUCUCUUGCUUUCUUAAAAUGGAUGCUGUUAUUGAAAACCCGCGGCGAAUAUUUAAUAUUGAAUUGGAAAUUACGGACAUAAAUGACAACGCGCCACACUUUCGAAGGGAUAAAGACCAGUUGGACAUAUCAGAAUCAGCCGCCCCUGGAGAGAGGUUUUCCCUAACUAACGCCAUAGACCCGGAUGUCGGCUCAAAUUCGGUGCAGACGUACCGUUUGAGUGAAAGCGAGUAUUUUACUAUUGAAAUUCAGUCGGGGCGAGACGGAUCCAAGUUCGCAGAUUUAAUUCUGAAAAAGGCUUUGGACCGGGAGGAGCAGGCUGUACACAAUCUAAUACUCACCGCUGUAGACGGAGGAGUCCCGGCGCGGUCCGGCACCGCCAGCAUCAUCGUGCGCGUGCUGGAUACGAAUGAUAACGCUCCUCAGUUCGACCGGGAUAUGUACUCGGUGAAUGUAACGGAGAAUUCCCCGAUAGGAACGCCGGUCACGCAACUGCGCGCUGCAGACGCGGACGACGGGCCGAAUGCAGAGGUCGUGUAUUCCUUCAGUAUAUACACGUCUGAGAAAACGCAAGAGACGUUUGACUUAAACCCCAGCACCGGUGAAAUUAAAGUCAAAGGAGGAAUUGAUUAUGAAGAAACCAAAAUGUACGAAAUUCAAGUGGAGGCCAAGGACAAGGGUGCCGUUCAGAGGUCAGCGCAAUGUAAGUUAACUGUGUUUGUCGUUGACAUGAAUGACAACUAUCCCACCAUCAGCAUAGCCUCAUUUAAGAACCCAAUCAAAGAGAAUGUCCCUAUAGACACUGUUAUAGCUCUGAUCAGUGUGAGCGAUCGAGACUCUGGGGAGAACGGGAAAGUUGAUUUCAGUGUUAACCGACCUUUGCCCUUUUCACUUCAAGUGACCUCUGAGGGCUACUAUGCACUGCUGGUUUCAGAACCUUUGGAUCGUGAAAAAGUUCCGGAGUAUGACAUCACACUCACAGUCAGAGACAGAGGCACGCCCCCUUUGUAUGAUAACGAAACGCUCACGUUGCAGCUACUGGAUGUGAACGACAACGCGCCUCAGUUCCCCAAAUCAUUCUACACCAUCCCAGUGAUGGAGAACAACGCGCCGGGAUCACUGCUGAGUUCUGUUACCGCCUUUGAUCCGGACCUGCACGAGAACCAGUACCUGGUUUAUUUCAUUGUAGAAAAGGAGAUAUAUAACACGUCAAUGUCAAUGCUGUUUUCCAUUAAUCCGGAGGACGGUAAUCUUUACGCGCUGAGGACUUUUGACUAUGAGAGAGAGAAUGAGUUCCUUUUCCACAUUGAGGCCAGAGACUCGGGAUUUCCUCCCCUCAGCAGUAACGUCACCGUCCACAUCAUUAUCCUGGAUCAGAACGACAACACGCCGGUCAUAGUCUCUCCCUGGCGAGCGCAAGGCUCUGUAGUGGAGGAAGCGAUCCCGAGAUCCACUGAUAAAGGAUAUCUGAUCGCCAAAGUGAUCGCCAUUGACGCAGAUUCUGUGCAGAACUCUCGGAUCACGUACCAGUUUCUACAGAUUACUGACGCCACUUUGUUUAGUCUGGAUCAAUACAACGGGGAAAUCCGGACAAUGAGAAUUUUCAGUUACCGAGAUCCGCGUCACCAGAGGCUGGUUAUUGUCGCCAAGGACAACGGAGAUCCGUCUCUUUCCGCUACAGUGACUAUUAAGUUAUCAACUGUGGAGCACGUCAUCAAAGCGUUUUCGGACACCACAGAAUUUCCUUUGGAAUAUGAUAUAUUUUCAGACUUAAACCUGUAUCUGGUGAUCGGUUUGGGCUCGGUGUCGUUUCUGUUAUUGAUCACUAUCCUGGUGAUCAUCGUGCUGAAGUGUCAGAAACCGAAGCCCGCCAAACCGACCCCUCCCUGCAGGAACAGCGUGAUUAGCCAGAGGAACUCCACCAUAGCGGACUCCACCCUGGUCUCCAGCGAUGCCUACUGGUACAGCUUGUUUUUAGCGGAGACGCGGAAAGGAAAGGUGGUGGUUAGGCAGCCGAUACCGAAGGGGGCCGGAUACAUGGUUUCCAGUUUACCCAGAGGCACGGGCCUGACGGAGACCAGCGGAUCCAGAGCUUCCACUCUGCAGUACUCAAAAUGAGGGUCCCUUCGGCCAGCUGGAGGGGUGCAGCAGUGGUGUGCCAUGGGAUUAUCUGCUUCUCUCUGGAGUUCCAUCAGAAAGAGUUCCAUCCCUCCCCCCCAUCCGACACUGCUGACACUGGGACUCCUCCUCCAAGCACCUGCAGGCUAACCCCCCCCCUCCCCCCCCCAGUCAUCUGCUGCAUCUUCCUUCAGGCACGAUGACUCAGCAUGUCUACAGACAACUUUAUCUGCAACCUUUCUGAGAAAGAAGAACAGGAACAAUGAAAAGGGCUGGAGGCUUUUUUGAGACAGCAUGGAGAAAAUGGCUCUUUCAACGACUGCUUUUCUCCACGCACUCCGGACACAGAGGCACACAGCCACGCCCACAGGAGAACAGCCACACCCACAAUGACACACAGCCACGCCCACAGGAGAACAGCCACACCCACAGGAGAACAGCCACGCCCACAGACACAUUGUAAACACAGGGGCCACACUGAGGCUGAUUCUAACCCAGGGGCCACACUGAGGCUCAUUGUAAAUGCAGGGGCUAUACUCCAGCCCCAGGCCCAUCCAGGCUGGACUGUUUGCACUGUGAAAUAUGGCUUUACUGACUCUAAUUAGAGGGAUAUGAUCAGCCUGAAAACAGUAUAGUGGCACUAUCCAAUUUUCUUCAUUUCAAACAAUUAAGUCUUUUAAAAUGUUAUUUAAAUGUCCUAGUAUUUGAUGUUUUUUUUAAUGUUUGACAUGUGAUGGUGUACUGAUUGGCUUUGUGCAAUAACACUGGCCAGAUUUUAAUGUUUACGCAAUUAAUUUUAUAAGAUGUUUAAAUGAAAAAGAGAUGUAUUGAGUCUGUACUUCUUGCUGCUUUGUGUGUACCAGAUCAAGUGCUUUGUGUAAAGUAUGGCGUCGGUGGUUUAAUGUAUAAUUUUUUAAUGAAGUGUAAAAAUUCACCAAUGCCGUGUUUUGCGCAGCAUUGGUGACAACGCUGCAGUGCUCGGAGUGGGGAAGCCCCACCCAGGCCACCCUGGGCCUGAGCGUGUCCUGCAGGAUGGGUCUGACAAUGCAGAGGGAUGAGUGAGAAAGAGAAGGAGAGAUACAAAGGAGGGAUACAGGAAGUUGGGUCAAUGUUGGGGACCGAGUGAGAUACCGCUGCUGAGGAAUAUCUAUGGUGGAGGUCCUCCUGAGAUCAGAGACCCAGUGAGAUACUGCUGCUGAGGAAUAUCUAUGGUGGAGGUCCUCUUGAGAAAGGGAAGGAGAACAUGUGUAUUCACCCUACUUAGGCAUGCACACCUUAGUGCAGAUCCACAGCCUCUGAUAGGACAGUGAGUGACCUCUGACCCUGGUGUGAUGCUGGGAUUGGCUUUUGUAGUGAGGAGGUCAUAGCUGGAAGAGAGAGGAAGAGCUGUGUCAGUGCAGCUUUAAGCCUGAGUGUACCUUAUUCUGGGUAGAUUCAUUAGGAGGAUCAUUACAGCUGCAUGGCCUCUUUUUGAGCAGGAUGUGAUGAAGCUGAAUGAUGAAAAUGAGCUUUAUUAUUAUGCAUGACCUAUAUCUCUGAAGAACUCUGAGAGGGAUAGUGUGUGUGUGUGUGUUUGAAUGAGAGAGAGUGUGUGUCAAACUGCUCACCUGGUCCAGAUGUAAAAGAGUAAAAGUGUUUAAAUGUUUGUUUAUUUAUAUUCAGGCUUAUCCUUCUUUCUUUCAAGUCUUUGUGCAUAUCGGCCUUUUACUUUGGGUUUCAAUAGACAAUGUGGAGGCCCCACCCCCAGCCCCAUCUGGGCACGCUCCUGGUCAGACAGGAAGUGGUGCUGUCAGUAGUGUUCCUGCUGAUUGGGGUUGAGGGGACAGGUGUGGCCCGAGGGUGGGGUGGGGGUGUGGUUGAGGGUGUUGUCCUUACAGGAAGUGCAUUCUAAAGGUUUAUUUAUAAUCCAGUGUUAUCUUUUCUUGUUGCAGUUGGCUCAUGCUCUGCUUGUACAUAUUAUGGCAAAAAUGAUAAUAAAUACUUAGACCGAA